AUGGUCAACAUCAACCUCGCCUACACGGCACCCAUCAACCCGCCGGGUGCCUCCCCCGUGCUAACUCCCGCUCAAGUCUGGACUGGCCUGCAAUACAAAGUCCGCCGCGCCGAGAAAUUCGUCCCCGUCAUCACCCACUGCGAAGUCCUCUCCGAAGAAAACGCGCCGUCUUCCUCUUCUUCCGCCUCUUCCGGAUCUGACAACACGAACAAAACCCACACCAUAACGCGCCUAGCCACCUUCCGCGCAGGCGCCGGCCCAAAGGGAGGCGGUACAGUAAAAGAAGUGUGUAAACUGCAUCCGCCGUGUCGGAUUGAUUUUGUGCAGGAGGAUGGCACGACGAUUGGGAAUUAUGUGUCGCGGGGGCCGGAGGGGGAGUUGAUGAUGACGUAUGUGUUUGAGUGGAGGGUGGAGGGGGUGGAGGAGGGGGGGGAACGGGAGAGGGAGUUGGAGGGUGAGUUUGCGAAGAUGGCCAAACUAGCUGUGGAGGGCAGCAUCGAGACGAUCCGCAAGAUUGUGAGGGGAGAAAUCGAGAUGGACUAG